AUGGUCCUCUCAUCAUCAUCGCUCGUCGCUGCCGAGAGCAGCGAAUUUGUCAAUGAGAAGGUAGAUCGCGCUCCCGCACAUGUCCACUCAUCAGAGUCGCAGAGCAUCUACGCAGAGAGCCAACCCGGCUCUUCAAGUCACACCAUCGAGGCCGAAGAGCGGCCCGAGGUCUUCACUUCAAACUUCCAUGAAGCGGCCGCCGUGCUCGUCCUCACCUUCUCGACCGUCAUGAACACGGCCUCCACCGGCGUCAUGCAGAUCGCCGUUCCUGCUCUCGGGCGGUAUUUUGGCAUCUCUGGCGGUGAUCUGUCGUGGUCUGUGUCUUCGUUCCAGCUUAUGUCUGGUGCUACUAUUCUUCUGUUUUCUGGUAUUGCUGAUCGCAUCGGCCGAAAACGCUUGGUGGUGUUUGCCUACUUCUGGUUCGCUCUCUGGUGUCUCAUCGGCUCAUUCACCACCAACCACAUCAUCUUCGAUGUUUGCCGAGGAAUGCAAGGUAUCGCGUCCGCGGCCUGCCCUUCGGCGGGAGUCGGCAUCCUGGGCUCGACAUACAAGAACGGCCGCCGGAAAAACCGCGUCAUGGCCGUCUUCAACGCCGGUGCUCCCAUCGGUGCGUUCUUGGGCGUUGUCACGGGAGGUGUGACUAUCCAGUACAUCAACUGGCGCAGCAUAUUCUAUCUGUAUGCCAUCGUCUACGCGCUGCUGACGUUGCUUGCAAUCUUCAUCGUCCCCGGCGACAACAUCAACGACAACGUCAAGCUGAACCCGAAGCAGGUGUAUAAACGCAUCAUGGAGAUCGAUCUCGUUGGUGCUCUGAUGUCGAUCACGGGCUGCAUCGGAUUUGUCCUGGCUGCGUCGCAGGCCAGCUCGGCCUCGAAAGGAUGGGCGACUCCUUAUGUUCUCAUUGUUCUUAUUCUGUCGAUCGCGAUUCUAUGUCUCUUUGUUUGGUGGGAGUCUAGAGUCCAGAACCCGCUUAUGCCCCUCAAGAUCUGGCGCGCACCCGGGUUCGCGAUCGUUAUGCUUUUGAUUCUGUUUGCGUGGAUGGGAUUCACCGGCGUCCUGAACUUCUACGGCGGUCUCUAUCUUCAGGACGUCAUGGGCGCUUCGGCUAUCAAAUCCACGCUUUACCUGUUCCCUCAGACACUAGCGUCGAUCGCAACCGUCUCGAUCGUUGCCGCGUUUCUGCACGUCGCGUCCGGAAGACUUAUUUUGGUGAUCUCGUCCACGCUUAUGCUCGUUGCCUCGCUCUUAUGGGCUCUGGUUCCUGUCGGGGCGCCAUAUUACGCUAUGGUUCUGCCGGCAAUCUGCCUCGAGGUCGUCUCCGCCGAUCUCGCCUACAACGUCGUCAACCUGCACACGCUGUCGACGGUCUCCAAACGGGAGCAAUCCACCGCCGCUGGUAUCUUCUACACCAUCAGCCACGUCGCGGGCUCUCUUGGAGUCUCGCUGUCGACCUCGAUCGUGUCUAGUAUCCUGAACCGGGAAGUGACCGCCGAGCAACUGAAGGGAGUUGUGGCGAUUCCGGUCGCAAUCACGGCAAAGGCGUAUAAAGGAGCCUUUUGGUUCUCUGUCGCGACCAGCGCGGCGUCACUUGUUUGCGCUGUUUUUGCGAAGGUUGGAAAGCAGGGAGCGCGGCCGAUGAUGGACGAUGAGGCGAAUGCGGUGUUGUUUGAGGACGAGGAGGAGGAGGAGGAGGAGGAGGGGGAUGGUGCCGAGGGAGUCGAUGAGCUGAGCAGAUUGUUGAUUGGAGCAUCUGUAGAGACGGGGUAUAGUGCGAUUGAGAAGAGCUAGUGUUGUUUGUAUUUUGUUCUGGGUUUGUUGCACUUUGCAUGGGUGGUUGACGAUAGGUUAGAGCGGAGUUAUCUAGUGUUUUUGAGGGUAUCAUUUGGUAUAGACUAGUUUAGACCUCUUUUUAAUUAUGAUCACAUAUAACAAUCUGCC